CAGCAUUCAUUUCCCAGUCCCACCGUCUUCCAUGAUUCCACUGAUACUUUCCACCCUCUCAAUAUUGAAAUGAAAUUUCUCUUACAAACCAGAAGGGGGUCGCUUAAUUUGAAUUAAUUGGUGUUUUAUGAGUAUUUAAAAAUCGUUUAUUGUUUGCUAAAAAAAUGGUUUCGUUGGAAGAUUCUCACUCGAAUUCGAGCCGGUUUCCUCUGGGUCGAAACUUGUACACGCCCGGUUCACCUUCCACCACCAGAAUCCACCGACACACCGGCCGUUCCAUGCGUACGAUUCGCUCCAAUUUCUACCAAAGCGCUGACAACAGCUGCUCUUUCACCAGUGCGGUUCCCGAACGGUCUGGUUUUGUCUCCGAGAAUCUCACUGAAUCCGUUAUCGACAUGCGGCUCGGCGAACUUGUUGCCAAAGCUAAAUCGGUUAAGUCCGAGUCAGAAAACGAGGAGUUUUUGGACAUUUCUCAGGCCUUCAGUGAUUUCUCCGCUUGUAGCAGCGAUAUCUCCGGUGAGUUGCAGCGACUUGCGAGCUUGCCGUCGCCGGAAAACAUCUUGAAAGAGAGCAAUGGUGGAACGGAAGCCAAGCCGGAACCGGAACCGUGUCACGGGUUUCUGCAGAGAGAGAAAUUCUCGACGGAAAUCAUCGAGAGUAUCUCGCCGGAGGAUCUUCAACCGACGGUCAAAAUCUGCAUCGACAGCUUACAAUCACCGUCCGUUGCGGUGAAGCGGUCGGCUGCUGCUAAGCUAAGGUUACUAGCGAAGAACCGCGUGGAUAACCGUGCGUUAAUUGGAGAGUCCGGCGCGAUCCCUGCUCUGAUUCCGCUCUUACGGAACAGCGAUCCUUGGACUCAAGAGUACGCCGUGACUGCUUUGCUGAAUCUGUCUCUUUUCGAAGCGAACAAAACCCUAAUCAUAAAUGCUGGAGCUAUAAAAUCAUUAGUGUAUGUUCUCAAGACAGGCACCGAAACCUCCAAGCAAAACGCGGCGUGUGCGCUUCUGAGCUUAGCUUUGGUUGAUGAAAACAAGGCUUCGAUCGGAGCAUGCGGUGCGAUCCCGCCGCUGGUAUCUCUUCUGAUGACCGGAUCCAACAGAGGCAAGAAAGAUGCACUGACAACUCUUUAUAAGCUCUGUUCAGCCAGGCAGAACAAAGAGAGGGCUGUGAGUGCAGGUGCAGUUAGGCCUUUGGUGGGGAUGGUGAGUGAGCAAGGGACUGGCAUGUCGGAGAAGGCAAUGGUUGUUCUUAGUAGCUUGGCGGGAAUCAAGGAAGGAAGGGAAGCUAUUGUGGAGGAAGCUGGGAUUGCAACACUUGUGGAGGCGAUCGAAGAUGGGUCCGUCAAGGGGAAGGAGUUCGCGGUGUUGACACUGUUGCAGUUGUGUGCCGAUAACGUUAGGAAUUGUGGUUUGCUUGUUAGGGAAGGUGGGAUACCCCCUCUUGUGGCGCUUUCUCAGACCGGGAGUGUCAGGGCUAAGCAUAAGGUAAUUGCAAGCGGAAACACUUCUUGGGUAUCUAAGAGAACCAAGACAAGAUGCUUCAUCAUCUAGUCCUUAGAGAAGGGAAGUUUAAUUACUUGUAGAGGUUUUGGGGGUUGUUUCCCCUCUUGUUUACAUGUUCUGAAGGGUGGAAUAUUUGCUUGGCAUUCGGAUUAAUUAGAUUUGGGUUAUUCUCCUUGUGUUUUGUUUAGGCGACCCAAAUUCUAUUUGCAUAGUUUGUAUUGACCGAAUACUAAUUGUCGGUUUUCUACAUAAUGAAAAUGGACAGUCUUGUUGAUGAUA